AUUUCGACAGUCAGCUGCGGUGAUGGCUCCUGAACGGUGUCCUCUCCACCUGCACUGUGCAAACUGAGGGAAAUUAAUUUCAGCCCAUUCAGAAUGAAACGAGGAAGGAUAAGUAUCAAGUCAAAGUGCCAGACAUUCCCUUCCCACGAGGAGAGGGCUAAGAGACGGAAGCGCAGGGCUUCCGGUUGCACCCUGACUCCGGGCCGCUCAGGCACAGCGGUGGAGGACUGGGGCAACCUGCCGCACCACGUCGUCCUGCAGAUCUUCCAACAUCUGUCCCUGGUGGACCGGGCCAGGGCCUCGUCUGUGUGUCGGCGCUGGAAUGACGUCUUUCACAUCCCUGACCUGUGGAGGAGGUUUGAGUUUGAGCUCAAUCAGCCAGCCACAUCUUACUUGCGCUCCACUCACCCUGACCUCAUUCAGCAGAUCAUCAAGAAACACGCUCAGCACCUGCAGUAUGUCAGCUUUAAGGUGGACAGCUGCACAGAAUCUGCAGAAGCAGCAUGUGACAUCCUCUCCCAGCUGGUGAACUGCACCAUUAAGACCCUGGGGCUGAUUUCAACAGCGAGGCCCAGCUUCAUGGAUGUGUCCCAGUCUCACUUUGUGUCUGCGCUGACAGUGGUGUUCGUUAACUCCAAGUCCCUGUCCUCUAUCAAGAUUGAUGACACCCCAGUGGAUGACCCAUCCCUGAAGGUGCUGGUGGCCAACAACAGUGACACCCUGAAGCUGCUGAAGAUGAGCAGCUGUCCUCAUGUGUCCCCAGCAGGGAUCCUGUGUGUGGCAGACCAGUGCCAUGGACUUAGGGAGCUGGCACUAAACUACCAUCUGCUGAGUGAUGAGCUUCUGCUCGCUCUCUCCUCUGAAAAGCACGUCCACUUGGAGCAUCUGCGCAUUGACGUUGUCAGUGAGAACCUCGGCCAGACACAAUUCCACACCAUCAAGAGGAGCAGCUGGGAGGCCUUGGUCCGACACUCACCCAAAGUCAACAUCGUCAUGUACUUCUUCCUCUAUGAGGAGGAGUUUGAGCCCUUUUUUUGCGAGGAGACCCCUGUCACUCACUUGUACUUUGGCCGGACAGUCAGCAAAGAGAUGCUGGGCCGCAUCGGACUGAACUGUCCUCGGCUGGUGGAGCUGGUGGUGUGCGCCAAUGGCCUGGAGCCCCUGGAUGAGGAGCUGAUCAGAAUAGCCGAGCGCUGCAAGAGCCUGACGGCCAUUGGCCUAGGUGAGUGUGAAGUGACCUGCAGUGGCUUCGUGGAGUUUGUGAAGAUGUGUGGUGGCAGGCUGACUCAGCUGUCAAUAAUGGAGGAGGUGUUAAUUCCAGACAGCAGCUACAACAUGGAGCAGAUCCACAGCGAGGUUUCAAAGCACCUGGGCCGCAUGUGGUUCCCUGAUAUGAUGCCCACCUGGUAGACUGGCAUGGACUGAGAGUGGAAGGACAGUUGAAGGUGGUUAGAGAAGUGCAUGCUUUUGUGGACUGUACUGAAAGACAUUUCAUCAGUGUGUAUCCAGAAGUCCACAUUUGACAGAAUCUCAUCUACAUCGCACCACAGCAUAAUUCAUUCUGUUCAGGAGAUGACAGGCAGAUUUUUACAACAUCUACACUCAGUGGCCACUUUAUCAGGUCCACCUGUCGCAGUUCAAUGCAACAGCUCUGCCAUAAAUUCUACCUUUUAAGAAUGAUUAUAAUGUUCAGGCUUUGUUGACAUUGUGGAGAAUGUGUAAAUGUAAUUCCGUGUUUAUUGCUGAGGUUGUAGCUUGCAAAGUUCAUCACCUGGGCUACAUUAUGAGAGGUGUUUCUAAUUUUUUGUCCUCCCUAUUUAUAUACAUGAGGGGGGACAGAAUAGUAGAAACACCUCUCAAUAAA